GUGAAUUCUAACCCAACCUAAUUGACGAUUGUGGAAAAUGAUAGCCACCGUAAUUCUAUCGACUCAACAAUUAGAUUUUUAAACAGUGAAAAAAAGUUGUGACUCAGUGAUGGAGGAUAGGGGCCCUCACGAGGGGGCCCCUGGACCCCUGGAUCACCCCCUGCUGGAAAAACCUCGGGAUCUGCCAGAAAUUUGGACGUCGAACCCCACAACUUCCCUCGACCACCGAAAAACCCCGAAUCGCUUGCUCUUCCUGACAGUCGAGUUCUCAGAGGACCAGUCAAAGGACUUCAACCGUAUGUUCCCAUACGAGCAAGUCUCAUUCUCCCCCCGAGCAACAUCCCCUUUAGAUUUUGAGCAUCGAGUGAGUCCCCUGGACCCCAACAUGAGCUCCACAGCUCGAUAUUCCCCAACUCCAGUGCAACUGCCUUCACUGCCCUUCCAAAAUCCUCAGGUUGUCCUCCAGAGUCCCCCAUCACCCCUGAUCCAACCACAAGAGACCAAUCAACGUGGCACCAUGAAUUUCAUCGAGACCCAGGGCAGUCCUCCAAAUAUAUCAUCAAGUGAAGCAGAAAGUGUCUCUGAUUUCGUGAGUGGAGAGAGCCAGCAGGGGAUAUCCCACGUGAACGGGGAAUUAAUUCUGAUGCAGGAGCCCGCAGAAGAGUUAGAGCAUUCACCACCGCCCCUGAUGCUGUCAGGGCUGACAAGCACGGACUUCGCUCUGGCCCGUGACUUCCUAGUGAUGAACGAUGACCAAUUAACCGUGAUAACCCCCCUGAGCUCCUCCUCAGAGGACCCUGCAGUGGUCCCCGAGCUCUCGAGCCUUCCUGACCCUGAAAAAGACAUGCUGUCUGACUCCAUCACCUACCCCCCUACCCUGCCCCCGAAGAAACCACUAACGGAGGAAGAAAAUCUGCAGUCAGCAACUGACAUCCCUCAAAAAUCCACAAACCGACAGAUAAACGAUAAGAAAACCUUCUGGUGCGAUGACUGCGACACAAUUUCACUGAGGGACGGCGAGUGCACCUGUCACAACGUGCAGACAAUUGCCGACCAGCCAGUGCCUUCUCGAGCAGUGGCGACCCUCCCAGGUUCCCACUUGUCCCUCAGAAAAUUGAAUUCCCCUCAAGGGGCGCUUGGAGUAUUUGCAAAGAGAAACAUCUGCAGAAGAACGCAGUUUGGUCCAAUUGAGGGUGUCCCCUGCGAAUACGAUGGCAAGGGUUUCAGUCACGAUGCUCUGCCCCUCCUCUACGAGACAGACAGAGGUGAAUUCAUAAAAAUUGAUGUGUCAAACGAACACUCGUCGAACUGGAUGCGUUUUGUGCGCCCAGCGCAGAAUUACAGAGAGCAAAACCUGAUUAUUUCUCAGCAGAAGGAAGGGAUAAUUUUUCUGACGACGAGAAACAUCUCCCCCAGGGAGGAGCUACGCGCUGGACCCAGUCCAGAUUACGCGACCAGAAGGGGUCUACCCCUCCUGGAGGACCCGAAGACCCAGCAGUUCACGUCUGGUCACCUCGAGAGCUUCUCAUCCCUCGAUUCCCCGUUCAAUGAUUAUUCAAAUCGUCCUCCCGACUUGCAGGUUUCGUCGAGCCUGAACUCCAUAUCAGAACAUCCCCAACCCCAGGAGCAAGCGAAACGAACGAGGAUGGGAAAGAGCAAGCUCCUGAAGACGAUGGACGAGCAGUCUUUGCUCUACAAGUGUUCCCAGUGCCCCAAAGCCUUCCCUCGAAACGACGCCCUGAAAAAGCACCUGCUCUCUCACUCAGGCUCGACAUCUGCCUACGAGUGUCCGACCUGUGGUGAGAAUUUUCUCCACUCGUACAAUCGCAGUCGUCACAUUAAAAUAUUCCACAGCAACGACGCAAAGGAGAAGGAGAACUCGAGGAAGAGUUCUGAGUACAAAUGCUCCAAGUGCAGUUUGAUAUUUAUGAAGGCAUCACUUCUGGAGCUGCACAGCGAGCUUCAUAAUAAAAACAACAACGAAUCCCUUGAUGAGAAGAGAACACGAUGUCCCCAGUGCAAGCACUUGACGAAGAGCCACCUGGAUCUGGUGAAACACGUGUCAAAGCAUGGCCACAAGUACCAGAAGCACAAGCUAACUAAAACAUCGAAAGUAACAGUUUUAUCAUCCCACAAAUGCACGAUGUGCUACAAGCGUUUUGCAACUAAAGUGCGUCUGCAGCAGCACUACCUGGUGCACGGUGCCGAGGACCAAAAGCCACUGCCAUGCAACGUAUGCUUCAAGCGAUUCAUGAACAACUCGGCAUUGUCCUGUCACCUGAAGACUCAUCGAGAGGACAAGCAGAUAUUCGAGUGUCCAAUGUGUUGUAAAUUAUUCAAUCAAGUUCUUCAGCUGAAGGAUCACAUUGAAACCCACAGGAACGACGACAAGACGUUCACCUGCUCUCACUGUCCUCGAACAUUCACCAAAUACUCAGUAAUAAGGAAACACAUAAGGGCCCAUCACUGCGAGCGCAAGCACAAGUGUCAAUUCUGCGUCAAACGUUUUCCAACUAUUGAUAAAUUAAGAAUGCACCUGCUCCGUCACUCUGAUCACAGGCAAUUUCACUGCGCUAAUUGUGAGAAGCAGUUCAAGAGGAAGGACAAGCUGAAGGAACACAUGACAAGAAUGCACAGCUCCCAGAGGAUGGAGAGAAUGGAGAGACUGGAAAGGACGGAGAGGAUGGAGAGUGCAAGAGAGCAGAGUGACGUUGCUAUUGAUAAUGGUGCAGGGAACCAGGGUAAUCAGUCUAGAAAAUUUAUACCAAAGGUCAAUCCCACGGAUUACAACAGAUUCGUGUACAAGUGCCAUCAGUGUCUGGUGGGCUUCAAGCGCAGGGGCAUGCUGGUUAAUCAUCUAGCAAAGAGACAUCCUGAGGUGCCUCCAGAGUCCAUACCAGAGUUGAAUCUACCUAUUUUGAGGCAGACGAGGGAUUACUACUGUCAGUACUGUGAUAAGGUUUACAAGAGCAGCUCCAAGAGGAAGGCGCAUAUCGUGAAAAAUCAUCCUGGUGCUGCUCUCCCACCAAGCAACAGACAGAAGGAAAUGAUGGGGGACUCAACGUACAGUCAGGCUGCUGGAAGUGUCACCACGACUCCCCAGAGUUGUCAAUGGUGUCACAAGCAGUAUGCCAGCAAGGCAAAACUCCUGCAGCAUCAGAGAAAAAAACACUCAACCCUCAUGGAACCUGCUGAUCAAGUCCCUAGAGCCAGAAAUCGACAACAGGCGCAGCUUCAAGUGCAGCAGGAUCUCAUCGACAAUAACUUUGGCAAUAAUAACUUCGAAUUCAUUGAAAUUGCUCCGGUCUGUGACAUUGGUGAGUUGAGGUUUAAACCCAGGAUUAUUAAAAUUGGGAGUAAUGGGGAUUUCAUUGAUGUCGAGGGGGGCAUUGAUCCACUCGUUAAUCAGCAAUUUGUACGUGUGCGAGACAUACGUUGAAGGAUUUUGGGGCAUUGCAAUUUUUAUUGCAAUGAUUGUUGUUCAAUUUCAGUGACGAGGUAUGAAUCUCGUUGUUUUGGGAAUGCGUUUGUUGCUGAUUGUGAUUAAUGGCAACGUUUAACGCUGGUACCUGUUGGUGGGGGGGGUUGGAGGAUUCAGGAUGAUAGGGUGAUAUCGUCCUUGAAGGUUUUGGGGCUGGUUGUUGGCGCUGACGACGAAAACGUCAGUGCUCACCCGAUUAUCAUUAUUUUAGGGCUUUUGGUGCGUUCGGGUGCAGCUGUCUCGAGAAAAUGAUUAUGCCGGGGUGGGGGAGGGCCGGAAUUCCGUGGAAAACUGUUCAGUGGGGAAGGGAAAAUUUUUGGGUCGAAUUUUGACUAGUUGAUUACCUGGAUUUAUCCUUUUCGCACUUCACCACUGAACGCAUCGAUUCCUUGGGGUUUUAUGGGCCCUUUUGCGGGCCCUUGGUGAGCGACAGGAAUUGAGUAUUGCACACUGGAAAUCAAUAAUUUAAUCAUAACGAGCAUUUUUUCGUACGGUCAAUGCAAGCCAUGGAGAGGAGAAGAAUGAGCCGUCGGGGGUGGAUUAUUUAUUUACAAUGACAGGAGAUUUAUUUAUUCGAAUUUUCAACUGGUGGACAGAGGCCAAUGGUAAAACAAAUUUCACUGAAUUUUCCAGAGAAUUUUUCCUUCACCUUGAAAUAUCAGUUCCAGGGAAUUUUUUCAUUGAAAAUUCAUGAAAAUUUUAAGGAAAAAUACGGGGAAGGAAUCAAAAAUAAAAAUCUUUAAGUAUUCAUUCAACUGACCAAUAGUCGAAGCCGACUCGAAUUUACCUGGAAAAUUCAGAAUUUUUUUUACAUUUCCUAGACUUCAAUAUAAAAAAUAACGAAAAUAUCAAUUUUUGAGGUAUCAAUUCACUAUUUAUUAUUGAAAAAUGGCCAUUUGGAAUUGAAUCAUUGCGUUUUGUAUCGUGUGUUGAGAGUAUCAGGAUUUCAAUAAUCGAUGGAUUUGUUUAAAGCACUGGCACAACAGAAACGAUUAAUAUCUAGAUUUUUUUAAUGAGAUAAAAGUGAAAAGUUACGUUGAGGCUUCACUGGGAGAAAAAUAUCAAAUGGGCAUUAGGCCUUAGCAUUAAUUUAUUGAAUGAACAAAACUCAGAGUACAUAAUGCAUUGGUUAAUCAAUGAAUAAUUGAUAGUUGUUUAAUUGUAUCUCGCUACAGCGAUACAGGCAGAAACUAAAAACCAAAUUAACGAGACAAAUUAUCGAGCUUCAAUAGGACAUGGAAAAAUUAAUCUUUUCUUUGAAAAAUUUAACUCGAUCGUUGAUCAGUGAAUUUAAAAUGAUCCUGAAUACGACGUAAAUGGAGAAUUACUAGGCACUUGACAAUAGCUGUUGAAACAAUUGUAAUGAAUUUAAUUAAUCGGUCCCGACCCAUUUUGCCUCUGCAGUCCUUAGUACAGUCUCAUAAUUUCCUUUAUUCUACGGAUCACUAUGUACACCGUUUAAUUAUAAAUCGAAAUAGAAAUAAUGUAAGAGAUGAUGAAAUUAUUGAGAAUGUGAAACCAAAUGUUUCAUGGGAGAUCUAUCAGUGUCAUUUAAAUUAUAGAAUUCUAGGAGUAAAUUUGAGAACAGAAAUUAAAGAAAUAUUGAAAA